AUGGACACUCGCAUCGAUUCUCUGAAUACUUCAAACCUCGACUAUGCCAAAUUUCUCAAUGACUCCAAAUCCUCAAAGCACUCCUCCAGCCACAAGGCAAAUCUAUCGGGCGCAACAAUGCUUGACUUGCUUAGUGGCACUGAAGGUUCCAUCGCUGCCGCGUAUCAAACUUCGCAUUCGAAGCCUCAGCCGUCGAGACCAAAGUGGCCUUCAGAUGUCUCCUCGGGCAAGAAUGAAUUGCGACAAACAAAUCGGAUGCUGGUGGAAAUAGUCCAGAACGCCCAACUGGAGCUCGCAACGCAAAGACAAACGAUGCUCGACAUGCAGUCGCGGAUCCUCCAGCUCGAACAAGUCUUGUACAAGACCAACAGCAGUGCCCCAGGAUCGUGCGCAAGCACCACCACUAUUACCACUGCUACCACGCAACGAACAACUUCCCAACCCAAACCAGUAGAAGAAAAGAUUCUCGUCAACCCAGCAGCCCAACAACAAACAUCCGGCCUCUCCGUCACCCCCACCAACAAGCCCGAAUUCUGGAAAUCACCCAGUCGCUUCUCCGGCUUCAACUUCAACUUCGACCUCCUCGAAACCAAACAACGACGAAAACACCAACCGAAACCCCCCUCCGACGCCCCAGAAGUCUACAAACCCUCCCGACCCCCAGCACCCCCCUCCAAGUCCCCUCGUAAUACCACUACUACUACCACCCGCCAAGCCCCGCAUAACAACCACCGCCCUCUGACCAAAAAAUCUUCACAAGCAGCACUACUACUACUCCCCCGCCCAAACCUCUCCCACUACACCGACACAGCAAGCGACAUAAAAGAACACAUAGUCGAGUACGAACACGUCAAAAUCCCCUUUCCACCGCUCCUCCAUUCGCCGCCCAAGACCGCACGCAGUAAACUGGCGUCAACCGUGCAGAGCAGAGACGACGACUUGACGGCGUUGCCGCAGAUGCCCCAUCCUCCGGUACCUGCGGUGCAGGAGCAUGUGGUGGCGAAGGUGGGCAGGAAGGGGAUAAAGAAUAUGCGCAUUAGUCGGUCUCUUUCGAAGAGUCUUAGGAUGGAUUGCGCGAAUGGGAUUGGGAGGCGCGCAAGCCAUUUUAAGGUGCUUUGAUCCAGGGAAAAAAAAUUAAUCAGAGAGGGGUUUAUUUGCUUUUUUUUGGGAAAUAUGCGUAUUGAGGUCCUAGAGACUUCCGCAUUCUUGUACUCUACUAUUUUCCUUUGUUUUUU